AGCCCUCCUUGAGGCCUUACGCACCACCGCCAACCCGAGCAGCUCUCCAGCUUUGAUUUCCGCGCCAGCGCAGGGAAAGGUUGGUUGCGGCCGCGGGGCGGGGCGGCUGCCAGGUCACUUCCUGCGUCGCAGGGCGCGUCCUCCAGCCCGCUAUGGCAGCCAGCGCAAACCCGCGGAGGCAGCGGCCAGGAGUCGGGGUAGGAGUCGUGGUGACCAGCUGCAACCAUCCGGGUUGCGUCCUUCUGGGGAAGAGAAAAGGGUCGGUUGGAGCCGGCAGCUUCCAACUCCCCGGAGGUCACUUGGAGUUCGGUGAGAGCUGGGAAGAAUGUGCUCAAAGGGAAACCUGGGAAGAAGCAGCUCUUCACCUGAAAAAUGUUCGCUUUGCCUCAGUUGUGAAUUCUUUCAUUGAGAAGGAGAAUUACCAUUAUGUUACUAUAUUAAUGAAAGGAGAAGUGGAUGUGACUCAUGAUUCAGAACCAAAGAAUGUAGAGCCUGAAAAAAAUGAAAGUUGGGAGUGGGUUCCUUGGGAAGAAUUUCCUCCUCUAGACCAGCUUUUCUGGGGACUACGUUGUUUAAAACAACAAGGCUAUGAUCCAUUUAAAGAAGAUCUGAACCAUCUGGUAGGAUACAAAGGAAAUCAUCUCUAGGGGGCCGAGAAGAUUUCUUGAUUUUCUUUCAAAAGACAAAAAUAAGGUCUGGUUAGGGAAUGAAAACUAUCCACAUUUCAGAACAACUCCAUUUUAUCUGAAAAAGUUCUUGUGAUUGCCAGUUUAUUUGCAGUCUCUUAAUGUACCCACCGCCCUUUCAGCCAGUACUUGACAAAAUUUUUCUGAAAUAUAUCAUUGAAUUGUAUUCCAGACACAGAAUAUAUGAUAAAUACUGAUAUAUUAUGGGUAAUCUGCUUUCCAUAUUUAUCUAUGAUAUUUACCAUGCAACUUGUCAUUACUAGCUUGCAUGGAGUAGGAGGCAGUUGAAUUUGCCUCAGUGUUUCUGUUCAAAUAGAGACUUGAAUUCAAAUAUUGUAGUUUAGAUUCAAACACAGUAUGCCUGUUGCAAAAUUUACCAAGUUUGUUGCUCUACCUCUUUAUUAAAGAAAUGGUGGGAGAGGGUACUAUAUUGUGACAGUCUUUGCAACUUACAGGGAAUAGGUCAGGCCACUAGGUUUCUAAUCGAGAACCUAAACCAAGAGAAGUGAGACAAACCAUCUAAUAUCUGUAUCCUACUAUUAACAAACUGUGUGAUGUUGGAUUUCUCACUUAUUCUCUCUGAGGUCCAGGGUCCUUAUAUGUAAAAUGAGGAGAUUCAUCUAGAGCAGUUGUUCUCAAAGUGUGGUCUAGGGGGCCUCAAGAGCCUUUCAAUGGUAUUUUAGGUCAAAGCUAUUUUUAUAAUACUAAGACAUCAUUUCAUCAUUUAUUGUUUUCUUUUUUUUUUAUUUGAGGAGUCUUGCUCUGUUGCGCAGGCUGGAGUACAGUGGGACAAUCUCAGCUCACUACAGCCUCCGCCUCCUGGGUUCAAGCAGUUCUCCUACCUCAGCUUCCCAAGUAGCUGGGGUUACAGGUGCCCACCAACACACCUGGCUAAUUUUUGAAUUUUUAGCAGAAACUGGGUUUCACCAUCUUGGCCAAGCUGAUCUGAAACUCCUGAGCUCAAAGUGAUCUGCCCACCUCAUCCUCCCAAAGUGGUGGGAUUACAGGUGUGAGCCACCACACAUGGCCAUCAUUUAUCUUUUUCACUCUCAUUUUCUCAUGAGUGUGCAGAGGUAUGAUAUUUUACCAGGUUAAAUGCAAAAACAGAUAUGAGAUUCCAACUUUCAUCUGUCAUCAGACAUUAAAGAGAUUUGGAAAAAUGUAAAGCAGUAGUACUCGUCUCACUAGUGAAUUUUUGUUGUUGUUGGUUAGAAAAAUGGUUAUUUUAAGUGGGUUUUAAUAUGUGAAAUAAAGUAGCUGUUUUUCAAAAAUGUUGUUUAUGUAUUAACACAUAUUUGGGUUUUGUUACUUGUAAAUGAUUAAUAAAAAUUUUAAGAAA